AUGUACACCACCCUCCCAAAUGGCAUCCGCGUCUUCUACCGCGAAGCCGGAUCGCCUUCCAACCCAACCAUCCUGCUGCUGCACGGCUUUCCAGCAUCGUCGUUCCAAUACCGCAACCUGAUUCCCAUACUCUCCCAGAAAUACCAUGUCGUUGCCCCAGAUUUGCCUGGAUUCGGCUUCACCGAAAUCCCAGGAGAGCUGAACUUUAAAUAUACCUUCGCUAAUAUCGCGACCACAAUUGGUUCAUUCCUGGACGCCCUCGAAAUCUCCAAAUUCGCGGUCUAUGUCUUUGAUUAUGGAGCACCUACCGGCUUCCGCCUCGCGCUCGAACGUCCCGAGGCCAUCACUGCCAUCAUUUCACAGAAUGGCAACGCGUACGAAGAAGGGCUAAGUUCAUUCUGGGAUCCUCUGCGCAAGCUCUGGGCGACCUCUGACGCCGAACAAGAGAGACAAAUCCGUGAAGCCGUCAGUGGAGCCGUCCUCACCUUCGAAGCCACGAAGAGCCAGUACCUGCAUGGCGAGCCUGACGCAGACAAGAUCGACGACCCAGCCACAUACCAUCUCGACUAUGCGCUGAUGUCUCGCCCAGGCAAUAAGGAGAUUCAGCUCGACUUGUUUAAGGACUAUGGAAGCAAUGUGACACUCUAUCCAAAGUUUCAGGGUUAUUUGCGUGAGAGCCAGGUUCCGGUAUUAGCUGUCUGGGGAAAGAACGACUUCAUCUUCCCAGCACCGGGUGCUGAGGCGUUCAAGAGAGACGUGAAGAAGUUGAAACUUGUCUUGCUGGAUGGUGGACAUUUCCUGGUCGAGAGCCAUACUCAUGAAAUAGGCAAGCUGAUGUUGGACUUUCUUGGAGAGAACAAGAUAUGA